CUGAGUCAGACUCACUUGAAGAGACUUCCAGCAACCCCCGGCGACUAAUUUACAAUCUGACUGAACCUCCAGGCUCACUGAAAGCUGGCUGGUUGAGUUCUUCCAAAGACGUGUCGGGAGAUCAGGGGACCUCGCUGGUCGGGACAUUUACUCAAAACUCUCAGGUCACGAAGAAGAAAUACUUUCAAAGAUGCAGGAGAAAGUCUUGUUCACCCAGAGGAGAGCAGCAGCAGCUUUGUGCAUUGUGCUGCUGGUGCUGGCUCAGCAGGUUUGUGCAGGUCCAUUGGUCCGGUCCAGCCCUGACCAGAGUCCAGAUUCAAGUGGGGUCCACACACCGAGGAGGAUAGCUCGGAUGACCCCACUGUGGAGGAUCAUGAACAGUAAACCAUUUGGAGCUUAUUGCCAGAACAACUAUGAAUGCUCCACGGGACUCUGCAGGGCGGGAUACUGCUCCACCAGCCACCGAGCCGCCUCAGAGACCGUCAACUACUAGACGUCAACCAUCGUGUUUACAUGAGAGUGAAGCCAUAAUCCCUCUGAGGGGUUCUCACACCUGGGAUACGCACUUAUCCAGGCUUUUUUUUUUUUUUAAGAAAAUUGGAUUUAUAUUUAUAUGUGCCGAUAUGUUUCUGAUGAUAUCUAAAUGUUUAUAUGGAUUACACAGCAUGAAGUUAAGUCCAAUAUCAGGCAUGUAACGGGGGAGGGAUCAGAUGGUUGGAGGUUGAAGCAAGAGGGGAGUCAUUUAACGUUGUUGUCUUCCAUGAUGAUAUAACGUGAACAUCGGAAAUUCUUGGUUUUGCCUUAAAGUACCUGUUUUUUUUAACUGCCCAGAUCUCACAGCGGAGACUUUGUGAUUCGUAAUGACGACAAAAGAAACUUUGCCCGGCUAGUUACUGUGAACUUAACACCACAAAUGAUAUAAGUCUGAUAACAACAUUGGUAUCAGCCCUUGGUUUCACUCACACCAUGUCAUAUAUUCACACAUUUUUAAAAUCUACUGCUGUGUACAACUUUUCAUCCCAGAGGCGUCUCCACAUGACGCUGGAUAGAGCAGGGAGCAGUGUGAGCGUUUUAAAAAAAGCUCCUGACUUUUAAAUCUUCCCAGAUUUCGUCAUCGUUGUCUCGUGUCUGAUAAGUUAUCACCUGAAUGUGUCCUUCCAACCAUCCCACUGACAAAGGAACCACGUGGAAACACAUACACGAGGAAUCAUUUGGUUUGGAUUGGAUAUUUGUUUUGUGGUAUUCAUGAAAGCAAGUUAACCCAAGAAUUAUGUGGAAUCAUUUUGUAGUAAUCAACGAGACGGGUUUUUAUCAUAAAUAAAAGAACAUAAAUCAAACUGUAAGAUUAGGAAACUCGACUCGCCAGGAUCACAGUCGGCUGCUGGUGGAAAAAAGUUUGGAAAAAGAAGAAGCAAAGUAGGAAAAAGGGCAAAAAAGGAAGAUAAGACAAAGCAAAGAAUCGGAGCAGAGGUUACAAGAUAUUGAUGCAACGCUUCUUGUCAAAACUUCCAGUUAGAUCAGAAUCAUUAAAACUGUUAUUCAUAAUAUAUGUAAUGCAUGCAUAUGGUGAUUCUCUGAUAUUUAUUUUAUCCUGUGUCAAAAAUGUACCUGUCCCCAUCAUUUUAUCAUGUUUUGUUAAAUAUAUUUUUUCAUGGCAUAUUAAUGGUUUGUUUUUAGAAUAAUCAAUCGCCCCGGCUGGAGCUCAGUCGAUGUUAAAUCUGUAACCAGUAAUAUUUUAGAAAUAUCUCAGCUCAGCGUAACAAAACAUUGGGAACAGAUCGUCUUGUUUCUUUUUUUUUUGCACAUCCGUCUCCUCAGGUUGAAAAGCGAUCACUGAUCCUGCUUCGACUGGCCUUCAUAGUUUACUUCACGCACUGAGCAGGCAGUCGCUGAUGUUUGAGGAGGAUUGCACUUUUAAACCCAAAUUAUCUUUGUACUGUGUGCUGUCGGCUGUAUGUACUGUAUUACCCACAUAGUAGAGGGAACGAGGAAUAAAUCCUUGGAAAAAGCAA